AAAGAGAGAGGGCCCCCUAAAAGCUUGCACCAAGAGUAAUCCCAAUCCCCACUCUUCUCUCUCUCUCUCUCCUGCCCUGCCCUUGAUUGAUGGGCUCUGUACCUCUCCCCCUCUCUCUCUCUGAUAAAGUGCUCAUGGCCCAUUCCUUCAACUCUCCUUCUUUUUCCUGUUUAGGUUCUUUUUAAUGUUUUAUUUCCACCCCUCCAAAAGGAAAUAUAAAUAUUUUUUCUUUACUUUUUGGGUAGAUUUUUGUGGGUAAAAGUUGAACUGAGCAAAGACCCAAUUUUUACAUCACCCUUUGGUUUACUGUGCUUUAUAAAAAAAGGAGGGGGGAAUGAUUGGUUUUCUGUUGAGCUUUGAAUUUCUAAGAGAACCCAGGAUUCUUAUUUGAGAUAUGAGAGGAUUUUUAUGGGUUUUUUUUUUCAACUGUUGAUCAAUCAUUGGGAGGUAAACUUCAUCAUUUUUUUAAAUCUGUGGUAACUUGUUUCAUCAAUCAGAGAGAGCUAUAGCAUUAUUGCUCCUCAGCUCCGGGACCCAAUUUUGGUUUUAUUUUUUCUUGUUUUAGUUUAAGUGUGACUACUACAUUUUCUGGUCACUAUGAGAUUAGCGACGAACGCUUCAUUUGGUUUGUAUUCUGUGCGAGUGAUAGAUGCCUGAUAUUUUGUCCUUCAUUGUUCUCUUGCUUGUUCUCGUGCAAUGAGAGCUUCAUUUUUGGGUAAAGGGAGAAUUUGUUCUGUGCUUAAGCUAAGGAGGGACAUGAGAAAGAAUUGAAGAGUUUAAUCAUUUUCUCGACUCCAUUGUUUUUUAUUUUUGUUCAGGGUUCAGAGCGGAAGUUGGCUGCUCUUACCUGAGAUUAGGACAUGGGCACUUGCACUCUCACCAGCAAGGGGCAGGUCUGCUUUUUCUCGCGAUGGAUCUUUGAAGGAAAAAGAUAGAAUUUAGUCCAUCAAGCAGAAGUCACUCUAAUUGGAUCAAAAAUCUGUGGCUCCUUGUGUUUAACUAUUGGCUGAAAAUCAAAGGCAGUUUAUGUAUAGCAGAAUCUUUCCGUAGUUCUUGGAGUUGUGCUUCAAUUUUGUUCACUGGCAAACUUUCAAGUUAGAUGCCUAUCAUGAUGGAGAAUGAUAUGUUUACUUCCUCACUGCCAAUGACAGAUCAUAGCCAUAUGAUCUUCAAUCCAACUACACCUCAAAUGUUAUCUGGUUCUUUUAUUCAAUAUGGCAUUCAAGACAACCUUAGCUACAGACAGAUCAUGCCUAGCGCUCCUUUGUUUUCUACAGUGCAGGAGGAAGCACUGAACAACCUAUAUACUUCAAACAAUGGUGACAUGAUCAAUAGUGAGGUUUCGGUUUCUAGGAUUAUGCCUCACGUCGGAAAUAUUUCUUUAAAUGGAUCCGAUGGUUUCACAGGGAACUUGAUAUCUUCAUUCCCAAAUCUAGCGUCUGCUGAGGCUAAUUUGCAUGAAAGUUUUAUAAGUUUUGGCAUUGCUCCAACUUCAGCUUUACCUUCGGAGGAGUUGAGGAACUCCCAAUCUACUGAUAGCUGCACUACUCACAAUUCAUCAAUUGAUGCUUCAAUGCAUCACGAUUUUGGGGUGCCAACAGCCCAAAAGGAUGCAGAUUUAAGUGCAUGUCUAAAUUCCAGAUGGAAUUAUGACGAUGUCGCUGGGCAUCAAAUUACAGUUCGUCCAUCUUAUCAUAUUUCUGAGAGAUCAGAGUUUGGUUUUAACUUUAAUACCCCGUACGCUCAUUUUGCUCCAGGCAAUGAGCUUUCUCUCAGUCUCGGGUCCUCGCAGCCUUCAGUGAUCAACUUUUCCACUGCCUCAGAUCAAUGCUCGGAAGUCAGUUACUCUGGCCUUAAGCAUGAUUCUACAGGAUUGCAAAAUCAUUGUCGUGGUGUUGGAUUUCAAUUUCCUCGUGUGAAGUUAGAUUCAAGAUAUCUCAAUGCAACCAAGGAAAUUCUUGCUGAAAUUGCAAGCUAUGCACUAGAACAUCUGGAUGAUGUUGAUGAUCCACUUGAUAGAACUGAAUGCGAGCCAAAGAUGUCCUCGCUUUCUAGUAGCAUCAAUGGACUACAGAACCAGGAAACUGAUGGGAAGAAGUCUGAGCUGUGUACUAUGCUUCAAGCGGUCGACCAUCAAUGUAAACAGUACUUAGACCAAAUGCAGAGUGUGAUUUCUACAUUCAACGAUAAAAUCAAUCUGGGAGCUCCUCAGAUGAAUGUACAAUUUGCUCUUCAUACAGUAUCCACCUUGUAUAAAAAUCUGAGGAAAAAAAUCGCUAGUCAGGUCAUUUCAACUAGUCAUAAUCACUCUGACAAUGAAUCAUUCAGACAAAAAGAGAGAAACUUCGAAUCAUCAUUUAUACAGAAGCAAUGGGCUAUUCAGCAGCUGAAGAAGAAUGAUACCCAAUCUUGGAGACCUCAGAGGGGCUUGCCUGAAAAAUCUGUCUCAGUUCUACGGGCAUGGAUGUUUGAAAAUUUUCUACACCCGUAUCCGAAAGAUAGUGAGAAGCAGUUGCUUGCCCUUAAGAGUGGGUUGACCAGGAGUCAGGUGUCGAACUGGUUCAUAAAUGCACGUGUUCGCCUCUGGAAGCCUAUGAUCGAAGAAAUGUACUCAGAAAUCAAUAAACGGAAUCGAACAGAAGAAGGAUCUGCAGCUGAAAGUAGAAACAAUGGAAGUAUUAGCAAUCAGAGGAUUCGAAUGAGUUGAAUCAUCAAGAUUUUGUAAACCUACGAGACAAAUGAUUGAGCAAUCAAUUAUGUUAUUUAUUUUCUAUAUUUGGUAGUGUUUUCCCUCAGUAUGUGUUACUCAUAUGUAUAUAAGCCAUCUACGUUGCAUAAACGCAAGUGUUCGCAAUUAUCUGUCUAAACUUUUGCGCUUGUUUGACGACCGGAAGUAUUUCAAGUUGUAAUUAUAGAAUCAUGCAGCGUAGUUUAUUUGCAAA